AUGAACCCUUCAGCACUGAUACUGUAUGACUACUUCCUCACCAUUGGGGACGAGUAUGAGUACAUUUGGAAGGCCCGAUUCACUUUUGCGUCCGCACUGUUUUACGCACUGAGGUAUUGCGCAAUUCUUCAAACGUUCAUCUGGAUACCUUGGUUGGCUGCAUUCUCAAGUUGGCCAGUGAGUACGUCGAUCCUCUUCACGGCCCUGCGUAUGUAUGCCAUUUACAAUAAAAGCAAGUCCGUUUUUGCCCUGGUCCUUGGGCUGAACAUCAUCGCUCCCGCAAUAUUAGUGUAUACGUUUACCGUGAUGGAGCCCCAUCUCAAGACAUCGCAUGGAGGUCGAGCUGUAUGCUCAUACAAGACGCGGAUAUCUGCGAGCGCAUUUGACAAGUGGGAACUCGGCGGCAGAGCAUCGUCGAUCCUCGCUGACAUUGUUGGGAUGUUCCUCACUUGGAAGAAGAUGCACCCUAUCAAUGAUGUCUCCAAGAGAGCUGCACUUGGAGACUCACUACUUAUAAAUACAACCUGGUAUUUUGCGGCUUUGUCCGUCGUCAAUGCUGUCGGCAUAGGCAUCAGUCAUCUCGACUCAACUCUCUUCACAGAGCCAGUACACGCCUGGGUAGCUGCACAGACAUCAAUAAUAUUAUCACGACUGAUGUUCCGUCUCCGCAAACUCAACGCAUCGAUAAACGAUGUGACUUAUUUUGCUGACGAUGACGCCGAUUCCCUUUGGGUUGCCGCCGAAG